AUGCGGGGCAGCCGUCAUCCGGGAUUGCGUGUUUUGGUCCCACCCAGUGCGGCGAGUGCUCCCACCCGAAUCACGUGCCGUAUGUUAAGACCGGAAAGGACAACUCGGCCUCCGCAACUGAAUGAUUCCGAGGGAUUGGCCUGCCGCAUCAUUGAACUGGGACCCCAUCCGUGCACAUUCAAUACGCCGGUGAUAUUGGAGAUUCCACACUUUGCAUCGCUGCGUGGUCGACAACGGGAACUAGUUGUGCUCCGCAGCGACAAUGCUGAGACAUGGCGUGAGCACUCGUUGGAAGCCACAGAUCAAGCAGUCCAGUCUGCUUUGGGACAGAAUUUCGGUGAGUUUCCUGCGGACACAUUCAAUUGUUCUCAUUUUGCAUCACUCCACACCUUUCUCAAUCCUUUCAAGCGAUGGGCAUGGUCAGCUGGGAGGAGUUUCUCUUUCGAACUAUCUGUGCGAUCAGGGCGAUAA